UCCCUCCAAUGCCCACAUUUCUGCCGUCCCUGUUAGUCUUCUUUUGAUGUUAUGUUUCCUUUUUUUUUUUAAUCUCUCUGCCUUCUUGGUCAGAUACUUGCCACUACACCACCCUCACCAUUACACAACGAAGGGUCUUUUUAUUUACCCCUUUCUAUACCCAUCUGUUUCACUACUUCACUAACCCCACUUCAAUUCAAAAGCUCAUUUUUAUUCUUUUUCCCCUUCUCAACUCCCAACUCUCACACCCCCUUUGUCCUUUUCCCCCGCAUUCUUCUGUCAAAACCCUAGAUAUCAAAUCUGGGGUUUUGUUUUCUUAGUUGUUCAGACACGGUUCUGGGAACUGCCAGCUUGCAAGUCUGAGUUUUAUGUCUGGAAUCCAAGCUUCUGAUGUUCCCACAUUUUUUUUAAGCCACAACAUUUCCCAGUGAGCUUUCUCAUGGGUUUUCAAUGGUGACAGUCUUGAGUUCCUUUCUACUGGGUAGGGGUAGGGGUAUUUGAUCCUUAUUUUCUAGAGGGGUUAUUUUAGAUUCAUCUAGUUGAACAAAGCCCUUGCAAAACCCUUUUUCCAGCACACACUUUGCCAAGUAUUUGAGCUUGUUGACCAAUAUAUAUAGAGCUACUGUGUUUUAGAUCCCCCCUUUGUUUUUUGGGGGGGGGGAUCAAAAUCCAAUUUUUCCAUCAUGGUCUGUGCCUUUCCACUUUAGCAUCUUCAUCAAUUUUAUUUAACUUGGGUUUGGAAGAGUUUUAGCAUAGUUGCCUAAGUCGCAGAAAGUUUGUAUACUUACAAGUAAAUACAUGGAUGGGAGAGAAGCUAUGGCAUUCUCUGAUGGCUCAGCUCCAUAUUACAUGCAUAGAGUAGGGGUUGGAGGGUCUGGCUCUGGUUUCCAACCAGCCCCUGGGUUCAGACCUUUGUCAAACACUGGCAUUCAAGCUGAGUCAAAUGCAAGGGGUGGUCAGGGUCAGGGUGGUGGUUCUGUAGGGUCUAAUUCCCCUUUUUCAGUGGAGCCACCUCAGGGUCAUGCCAAUUUUAACCAUGGCAUCGGCAUUGGGGCACCUUCAAGCGAGCCUGUGAAGAAGAAAAGAGGGAGGCCCCGUAAAUAUGGUCCUGAUGGUGCAGUUUCUUUGAGACUGUCUCCAAUGUCUGCCCCUGCAAACUCCACUCAGGAUGCAAGUGAAACCACCCCUUCUCAGAAAAAGGCUAGAGGGCGCCCUCCUGGCUCUGGAAGGAAGCAACAGCUAGCUGCUUUAGGUGAAUGGAUGAAUAGUUCAGCAGGGUUGGCCUUUUCACCUCAUGUUAUCACUAUUGGAGUUGGGGAGGACAUUGUGGCAAAAUUAUUGUCAUUAUCACAGCAGAGACCAAGGGCUCUGUGUAUCAUGUCGGGCACUGGGACAGUAUCUUCAGUCACUCUGCGGCAGCCUGCUUCUACCAAUGCCAGUGUAACUUUUGAGGGACGAUUCCAAAUACUAUGCUUGUCUGGUUCUUACUUGGUUGCCGAAGAUGGUGGACCCUUGAAUAGAACUGGUGGCAUUAGUGUUUCACUCUCUAGCCCUGAUGGCCAUGUUAUUGGUGGUGGUGUUGCUGUGCUUAUUGCUGGAAGCCCCGUGCAGGUGAUGUUGUGCAGUUUUGUUUAUGGCGGCUCAAAGACCAUGUCUAAACAAGCAACCACUCUCAAAGAUGAAAGUUCAGAGCCACCUCCUCAGCAUAACGACAAGUUAGCUUCUCCAGCCAGUGCUCCUGCUCCACCUGGUCAAAACUUCCUCCCUCUUUCUGCAGCAAACCUUUGGCCUGGAUCCCGACCAGCAGAGCUGAAAAGCGCACACAUGCAUACUGGCAUCGACUUAACUCAUGGGUGAGAUAUUAUUUCGGAAGAAACAUUUGCAAAUUUGUAAAUAACUGUUGUAGUAAAUGAACUUGAGUUUGUGAGCAUUGUGGCUGCUUUGCACUAACAUAUGUUGUAACAAAUGAAUUAUUCGGGGUUAAGUGAUGAUUCUUGGCAUAUCCCAAAAAUGUCUGUUGAAAUGAUCAUAUGACAAACUUCAUUGGGAUGCAUAUUGUCCCGCGUUGAAUUUAAUGAAUUCUGGGAUCCCUCUUUGCGGACCAAAAUGUUUAACGUUGAAA